GUUCUUAUGUGGGCUGGCAGUACGCCGUUUGCGUAACUUCUGGACGUAUAAAUUAGUGCCAGUAAGCGCUGUACUGCCGUGUUAAAACGACAGUUCACUUUACCUUCCGCUGCUAACUGGAGUGAACAAACUGUUAGUGCCAAAAGAUGUUUCUAGCAAAGAAACUUAUUGGAGGCAUUAUUGAUGUGGUCAGCAAUAUCGACCCCGGCCAGUUUGUGCCUUCAGAUCCUCCCCCACCCCGCAGACCGCUGGCUUAUGCUGAGGCCAAUGAGUCUGAGGAAGAGAAGCAAUUCCGCAGAGUGUUCCAGCAGCUCGCUGGCGAUGACAUGGAAGUAAGCCCCAAUGAACUGAUGAAUAUCCUCAACAAAAUAGUUUCCAAACAUAGUGAUCUGAAGACAGAUGGCUUUUCCAUCGAGUCAUGUAGAAGUAUGGUGGCUGUCAUGGAUAGUGACAGCACAGGUAAACUGGGCUUUCAUGAGUUUAAACAUCUCUGGAACAACAUCAAGAAAUGGCAGGGAGUUUAUAAGGGUUAUGACAGCGAUCACUCAGGAACUAUUGGAGCAGAUGAGCUUCCAGCUGCCUUCAGAGCUGCAGGUUUCCCUUUGAAUGAUCAGCUCUUUCAGAUGAUUAUUCGUCGGUAUAGCGAUGAGACUGGAAACAUGGACUUUGACAAUUACGUUGGCUGCCUUGUGAGACUUGAUGCCAUGUGCCGUGCCUUCAAGACCCUAGACAGAGACGAUGAUGGCACAGUCAAGGUCAAUGUUCAGGAGUGGCUGCAGCUGACAAUGUACUCUUGAGUGAUGUGAAGGCCUGCAAUCAGUUCAGAUCGAAACAAUCAGUUUAAUGCUUGUAUGCAAUAUUGACUUUCUGCUUUACACCGCUCCCUCUCUUGUUUCUCAUGCAGUAUAUCACGAAUUCCAGCGAAAUAGCCACUGGGGUAAUCUGGGUCACUCUAAUGUGCCAUUGUCUUUCUCUAAGGUUUACUUCUACCUUUUUUUUUUUUUUUUCUUUUUGUGCGCGUGUAGCCCAUUAAUAGCAUUGUUUAACACAAAACUAACCAAAGAAAGAACAUUACGAGAAAUGUGUCAGAAAAUUAACAAAUAUGCUCUAAUGAAGAGUCUAGGUGCAGUCACAAAUAUGCAAAACUGUAUUACAUAUUCUUGUUGUCAGUUGGUGCCAUUUUGCAUGAGGCCAAUGGGGGAAAUAAGGGAAAUAUUGCCACGUGUUCAUCAUGAA